AUGGCAUUCUCCCCGGAGAAGGAUAUCCCAGAUCUGGCCGGGAAGGUCAUCAUCGUCACAGGCGGCAGCAGCGGCCUCGGAAAAGAAAGCGUCAUCCAGCUCGCCAAGCACAACCCAGCGGCAAUCUACCUCACAGCCAGGACAGAAGCACGCGGCAAUGCCGCCAUCAAGGAGGUGGAACAAGCCGUACCGGCGGCCAAGAACAAGAUCAAGUACCUCGAACUAGAUUUAGGUUCUUUCGCCUCGAUAAAGAAGUCCGCCGACGCCUUCCUCACGGCAUCAGACCGUCUCGACAUCUUGAUGAACAAUGCUGGUCUGAUGGCUACCCCUCCGGGCCUAACAACGGAUGGGUAUGAAGUCCAAUUCGGGUCAAAUUAUAUGGGACCGGCCCUCUUCACUAAGCUGCUUCUCCCCAUCCUCAGCAAAACCGCUGAACAGGCAGGAUCCGACGUCCGCGUCGUCAAUCUGAGCUCCGAGCUCUUCAAGCAAGCGCCCUCAGAUGGAAUCCUCAUCUCAAAGUGCAAGACCCCCCUGGACGAUAUCUCCAGCUUGGCUCGCUACGGCCAGUCCAAGCUGGCAGACUACUACCACACCCGCACGCUGAGCCAGCUCUACCCUUCCAUCAAAUUCGUCGCAGUUCAUCCCGGAGUCGUGAACACCGGCCUGUUUGACGACUUUAGGAAGAGAAGGCCGUGGGUUGGUGGAGUGAUUAGUGUGCUUGGGUCCAUCUUCUUGACGGACGUUCACGCGGGUGCAAGGGCUCAGCUUUGGGCCAGUACGGCUGGAAGUGCGAGCGUUAAGCGCGGAGGGUUUUAUAAUCCCAAGUUCAAGGAGGAUAAAGAGGCGAACUUGUAUGACGAUAAGGCAGCCCAGGAACUAUGGGACUGGACUGAGAAGGAGCUCGAGGGCCAGUGA